UUAAUGGUGAAUAGAAAAUUUUGUUUACCAAAAUUUAGGAUUUUUGAUUUGAUAUUAAAACAACCAAACAACAAUUAACCAGUUUAAGUAAGUAUCCAUGAAACUUUUCUUAGGACUAAGUGUUUACUGGAAGUUGGAAGCAAUAUGAGGCCCUUGUAGCCAAAAGGGUAUAAAAUAAAUACAUAAAAGCUAAUUUCUAGAAAACAGGCUUUGAAGUUGUUAUGUUUGGUUAUUUUCCAUAUAUUGUUUGUUUGUUUCCAUAUAUUUUCAAAAAACACGCAGUUUUCUUUCGAUCAAAAUACGUAGUAUUACAUAUAAAUUCUAAAAAUCUGUAAAAUCAUGAAAUAAAGUUCGAAAUAUAAAGAAUCGUUGACCAUAAUUGAAUCAAAAUCGACCAUUUUUACACUUAUAACACCUUAUAAUACCUCUUAGGCUCUGAGGGCCUCAUAUAAAUUUGAUUUGAUUUGAAAUUUGUUUAUUUGGAAGGGUGCCGUGCGCUACCCCGAUUAGGCACCCACAUAUAAAUUUGAAUGAGUUUUGAGUGAAACCUUACAACAACAUCAAGCCAAAAGCUAGUGGCUUUUCAACGAUCCAAAUUUUCAAUAUAUUCAAUAGAUUUUCUGAAAAUUUGCCCAGAGGGGCGUUGAGCUCGAAAAUUUUGUAAAAGGGGGCGGUGAGUGAAAAAAGUUUGAAAACCACUGGUUUAGAUGAUGAGAGUUCAGCAGCAGAUUUUAUUGAAAAAACUCAUAAUAUUCUGAGAUCUUCGGGAAUAAAACUGAUUUAUGUAGGAUAUUCAGAACUUUCGAUUGACUGCAAAACUAUUCAAGACAAUUUUGAUGUAAGUUGCCUGUCUAAAGAAUCCAAGGAAGACAUUUUCAAACGAAUGAUUUCCUUUCAUGGAAAUCCGGGCAAAUCGGUUGGUGAGAUUUUUUCCAGCAACAUCUUUUCCAAAUCUAAUUAUAGGCUAAUACUGGAGCUGUUCAGGGUUCAGAAAACAUUGAAAAUUGAUGUUCAAGAAAUAAAAGUGAAUCCCUAUUAUGUAUCAAGAAAAGAAAAUCUGUUCAAAGGAUCGAAAGUGCUGAUUAUGGGUGAUCCAGGGAUGGGAAAAACUACCGAAAUAGCUGUUGAAGCCCUCAAAUUGAUUGAUGAAAAUCACGAUAAAUUGAUUAUUUUGCUUGAUUUCCCAUUAUUACUACCAGUUUAUGAAAAAUUGAACAAUAGUAUAUAUGAUGCUAUAGUUGAUACUUUAAAACUAGAAGUUACAGAGCGUCUUUUAGUAAAGCAACUAAUUUCAGUAGGAAAAAUAUGUCUUCUACUUGAUGACCUUGAUGAAAUAAGUGACCAGUCUAAAAAUUCACGGAAUAAAUUUCUGAAGGAUCUAGAACAACUAUCACUUUUUAAAAUAUGUGUUACAUCUAAACCUUUGAAAAAUGAUUUAAUUGAAGCAAUCCGUUUAGGGUUUAACUUGAAUUACUUAGAACCAUUCGAUGAAGAACAUCAAAAAGUAUUUUUGCGAAAGUAUUUUGAGCUAGCCUUGAUAAAUAAUCCUUCUCUAAUUGAAUUCAGAAUUCAUCAACUGGUAAUGCAUUUCAAAAUUAUAUUUAGCAAUAAGUUAGUGCUAGGAAAUCCAAUGAAAAUAAACAUGGUCGGAUACAUUAAUAAGGAUUCAAUAGCAAAUGCCUGCUUUGUUCCGAAUAUGUAUUUUCAUAUCGGAGAUAUUUUGGCAAAGUUUGUAAAUUGCAAGUUUGAAAACCGGUACAAUGAACUUUAUAGAGCAAACAAAAAUGUUAAAAAAGAUUAUUCUCGGAUGAAAAAUGAUUUUUUUGAGAAUCACAUUUCUUUGGCAAAUCAACUGUUUGUCAACUCGACACCAAAUGAAAAUUUAGCUAAAGGUUUAGAAGCAUAUGGUUUGAUUAAAAUGCUCCCUACGGUAGGUUUCAUACAUAAAACAUAUCUAGAUUAUUUCUUAUCCUUCAAAAGGUUCAAGAAUACAAAUACAAACGUAGAUUCCCAGCCGUUGGACGGCUACACCGUUUUUAAUGAUUAUUUAGAAAUUUUGGGAGCUUUGAAUUUAGCAAAUUCGACCCUGUUGAGAAAAAUUACUUUUCCUAAUGAUGAAGGCAUCAGCUAUAAUGAUGCUUUGUAUCAAGUACUUCAAAGUCAGAAAAAAUACAACGAUAAUCUCUUGAAAUUGAUAUUCAAGCCUCUUGAUUUGAAACAGACAUGAAAAACAGACAUGAAUAAAAGGGUCCACAUCUCAACAAACAUGUGUAACCGAAUGCUUGUUCACCCGAAGAGUUAUCAAAUUAAAUAUUAUUCAGUAUUUAAGUACUUAACAGCAAUCACUUACUAAUCUAUACUAUUAAAUGUUUUAAUGGCUCUUUUAUAGUAAAAUAAAAAAAAAUCUUUAUCCCCAAUGGUUCUUUAUUACUAGAUUUAACUACAAUAAAUAAACGGAGAAACAUAUUUUCAGUGCAGUUCCAAGUGCAGUAGGAAAAAUACAUUAAUAAGUAUCAGUUUCAUUAAUUAAAAAUGUUUAUUGCCAUUGAAGAUUUAGCUAUGGAAACAACAAAUAAUAAUAUAUGUUAUUCGUUUCAAUGUUAUUAAAAAUAUGCUGCAGAACACAAAGAAGCAAUCCAUCACAUGAGUAUCCGAAAAUAAAAACUUAAUUUGAUUUGUUUUGCUAGA